AUGCACCCCGGGCGCCCACUGGUGGUGAGCUCUAUAGGGUGCCUGGACUGUGGUCCUGGGAAGAGCUCCCUGCUUGCUGAUGAGGUGGUGGAGUCUCUGGAACAACCAUACCGAGAGGUUCUAGAUCAGGAACUCGGGAGGACACUGACCACUUGCCCUUCUUCCCUUUGCCAGACGUUCACGGCAUGGUGCAACUCCCACCUCCGGAAGGCGGGGACGCAGAUAGAGAACAUCGAGGAGGACUUCCGGGAUGGUCUGAAACUCAUGCUGCUGCUGGAAGUCAUCUCAGGAGAACGCUUGGCCAAGCCAGAGAGAGGCAAGAUGCGGGUGCACAAGAUCUCCAAUGUCAACAAAGCCUUGGAUUUCAUAGCCAGCAAGGGGGUCAAACUGGUGUCCAUCGGAGCAGAAGAAAUUGUGGACGGGAACGUGAAAAUGACUCUGGGCAUGAUCUGGACAAUCAUCCUUCGAUUUGCCAUCCAGGACAUCUCCGUGGAAGAGACGUCAGCCAAGGAAGGGCUGCUUCUGUGGUGUCAGAGGAAGACGGCUCCUUAUAAAAACGUCAAUAUCCAGAACUUCCAUAUAAGUUGGAAGGACGGCCUUGGCUUUUGUGCCUUGAUUCACCGACACCGGCCUGAGCUGAUUGACUACGGGAAGCUGCGGAAGGAUGAUCCACUCACAAACUUGAACACGGCCUUCGAUGUGGCAGAGAAGUACCUGGAUAUUCCCAAGAUGCUGGACGCAGAAGACAUUGUUGGAACUGCCCGGCCUGAUGAGAAAGCCAUCAUGACUUACGUGUCCAGCUUCUACCAUGCCUUCUCCGGAGCCCAGAAGCGCCUUCUCGGCGCGCAGAAGGUGAGCUCGCUCUCAGCCUCCCUCACUCUCCCUGCCGCCCUCUGGCCCAUCUUUGCCAUCCUUGCUGGACACCCCAGCCCUAGGCCCUGGGCACUGGGUUUAGCAGAUCCCACGGACAGGAAAGAACCUGCACUCUCAGUUCUUCCCGAGAUCCCAUAUCCCAAGCUGCACAACUCUUGUCUGUGCUUCCUGGCGGUUCCCUUAAACACCCAGGGCCCCCUCACCCACGUCUUCCCCUUCUUCCCGAGCGAAGCCAUCUCUGCAAAUUCAGCUAGUAGUCAGGGCAGGGAGAAGUCAUCCUGUCUUCUCCCUGGUAUCCAGGCAGACCCCUGCCUGCUACUUCCCCACCAGGCCCACCCUGGAUAG